CUAACACUCUACUCGAGCACAACCAAGAUCGUGCACCCUGGAAGGAUAUUAGGGAUGAACCAGGGGUGAAUUGGAUUGUUGCUUAGUGAACCCCCCAUAUUAUGGGGAAUUUCAGCUGUGUUUGAAUUAUUCCAUGCCGAUCUUCUCUUUUUACGCUACCGUAUCUGAAGUGAAGGCACCGACAGAUUGACAGAAUGGGAGACUCACGGGAGGUGCGGGGAUGAGCUUCAUCCAACACCAACUAUUCGGUGCAAGUUUCUUUUUUUUUCCCUACGAUUUUUUUCACUGGGUCAUCCUUGUCGGGUACCUAAGGCACGAAACUUGGGCUGUGACCAAAAAGUAAACUCGGGCUACCGGGAGGACAUGUAUAGGAAAGGAAGUUGGUUUAUAAUAAUAAGGAACCCACCCCAACCCAGCGUGUCUCUCCUCCUCCUUUCCCUGGACGUUGAAGCGAAGUUCCAGACUCACCUUGGAUCAUCUGGCACGAACGAUGGCAACAAGAGGGCCCCGUCGACAGAACUAUCGUUACUUUGAUAUCUGCAUGCUAAAAUCUCGCCGUUCGACUAAAAGACCACCGCUCAAUGCAGUCUGUGAGGUUGUUCUUCCGCGGGAGAUACACUCGCGCAUCCUGGGGCACUUGGAAACGCUACAUAGGGAUCCUCUCGAGCCUUCAUGUCCCACUUGCCUGGCAAGAGAUCUCUCAUCCUACUCGAAAGUGUGCAUGGAAUGGCACGCAGCCGCCAUACCACAAUUAUAUGGUAGGAUAUUCAUCGCUGGGGGAGAUUCGCUCGAGCUUCAGAAGCGGAUGAAAAUGCGGCACGGAUGCCGAGCAUGGCUUCUCCGGAAGACACUACUUGUUAGGCCUGAUUUUGCUGCUAUGGUCAAGCAAUUGAAGUUGCCCGAAUAUCAAGACUUGACGGCCAGAGAGAGCAAGGAAAACAACAAGCUUGUAGCAUCAAUAGUCCAGUUGUGCCCGCACCUGGAAAGAUUGGAGGGGCACUAUCCAGUGUAUAGGGUGGGUGUGAAGGAUAGCAUCCAGACCGCGCUCCUCUCUCGGGACUUUUUGAAGGAGCAUAUUUGGACGAUUGGGUCUGAGGGGCCUAUGCAGUUGGCUCAGUCAGAAUCGUUCGCGAACGGGCAUAUCCGCUGGACCAAGCUGGAGACAUUGAUUUUGCAAGGAGGAUCCGGGAACAAGGCAGGGUCGAUGAGCCACCUCACCUUUGCGGGUCUAUUCGAACGGCUUCCCUCACUCAAGAAGCUAUUUGUGGCUCGAUUCCAUGACUACGAAUUCGAUAACAACACGCUUUUGGCCAUACCAGACCAAAUCGAGUACCUGCGAUUAGAGGAGCUCCCUGGCGUAACGGACGCAGGUGUAUCAGAGUACGUCGACCGAACCUCCGUCUGCCGAAGGAUCCGCUCGCUAUCAUUGAUAGAACUCGAACUACUCUCGACCCUUCUCAUUUCCAAGAUACUCUCCCGUCUAACGCACCUGGAGAAGUUCACACUAGUGCAAACCAGUAGUCCGCAGUUGCCCCCACAGUCGUCUACGGACAGGACCAAACCAACGUUUGCAUCGGCAAGCCUACAGCUCCUCCACUGGGAUGUACUAAUCCCUGGACCAGCCAACGUUCUGCUCGCCCGUAGCAUCUAUUCUUCCGCCUUCCCGGCCCUAAAGGCAGUCCGCGCGCCAUCGGAUCACCACGGCAUCAUUCAGGCCGUCUGCAAACCACUCGAGCAGAUCGUCCUCCCCUUCGACAGGAUCGAAGCCCGCCUCUUGAGGGCGAAGCAGAAACAGCGAGAGGACAAAUACUUCUACCCGGAAACCAGGUACUCCCGCUCGCUCCCUCAAGCGCGGAUAAACGCACAGGAGCGAAUUGAGGCGGCAAGACAGAGCACAUUUAUGCGUAUUGUGGUGACCGAGGGCGCCGCGAAGAAGGAAGGAUUAAGCGUCGACUUGAAGGCAUUCAUGGGGGACUGGAAGAGCAAAGUCAAGUACGAGCUGCUACCGGAUCUUUGGGGCAGCGAGUUUGCUGUCCUGACGGUUGCGGGCCUGCUUAAUGCCCGGGUAUCCACAGAGUGGAGACCGGGUGAUGGGGUGGAGAUGUGCAGCGGCAGGUGGAAUUCCACCAGCUUUGCUUCUGGGAGAGGGGUCAAGUGGUGGGGACAUACUGAGCGGACACCCGGGAUGAGGGAAAUGGAGUUGGCUAUGCUGUUUUAGUUCUUUGGGCAUUAUUUUCUUGUGUGUGGGUGGGUGUGAUUUGCUAAUUGGAGUUUUUUGGGUCUUUUGGAUUCGGGAUUUGGGAUUUGGGCGUUAUGAAGAUUACGGAAGGGGGGGGGAAGGUAGGGAAAAGUUGGGGAGGUUAUAGGUAACUUAAUUAACUAGGAAUCUGUUAUUAAUUUAAUAAUAUUAUGGUUUU